GCUGGGGAGGAGCCGGGGAGAAAGGCAGCCCUAAUGCAGAGGGCAGCCCGGCGGGCAGGCAGGCAGGACGAUCAGGGAUCAUGGGGGAGAGCACUGUGCAGCGGGGGCCUGCGCCCGGGGAGCCGGCUGGAGGCCCCGUGCAUGCCGUGACGGUGGUGACCCUGCUGGAGAAGCUGGCCUCCAUGCUGGAGGCGCUGCUGGAGAGGCAGGGCGGCCUGGCCCAGAGGCAGGGGGGCCUGGCCGGCUCGGUGCGCCGCAUCCAGAGCGGCCUGGGCGCCCUGAGCCGCAGCCACGACACCACCAGCAACACGUUGGCACAGCUGCUGGCGAAGGCGGAGCGCGUGGGCUCGCACGCCGACGCGGCCCAGGAGCGCGCGCUGCGCCGCGCCGCCCAGGUGCAGCGGCUGGAGGCCAAUCACGGGCUGCUGGUGGCGCGCGGGAAGCUGCACGUCCUGCUCUUCAAGGAGGAGGGUGAAAUCCCAGCUAGCGCUUUCCAGAAGGCGUCUGAGUCCUCGGGCCCGGCUGACCAGUCCGACCUGGGUCCAGAGCAACCAGAGGCCGAAGUUGGCGAGAGCUCCGAUGAGGAGGGGCCGGUGGAGUCCCGCGCUAAGCGGCUGCGGCGCACCGGUUUGCAAAAGGUCCAGAGCCUGCGGAGGGCCCUUUCGGGGAGGAAAGGCCCUGACGCGCCUCCACCCACACCGGUCAAGCCGCCUCGCCUUGGGCCUGGCCGGAACGCGGACGGCCAGCCCGAAGCCCAGCCUGCAGCGCAGCCUGUGCUGGAGUUUGCUCUGGAACCUCCACAGGAUACCAAGGAAGAUCCAGAGAGGCCCGGGGCGGCCGACGGGGCUCUGCUCCAAAUAGAGAGUGCAGCCUGAGGCUGUCUCCACGGGGUGGGUGCCUUGUCUUAAAAUAAAUCCUUCCUUAAUGUAGCAUUCACAUCCAAAUAAGGAGCGAAUUCUGUAUCCACUGCCUAACUCUGACUCUCCCUUCCUGGCUUUUUUUUGGGGGGGAGGGGCAGAGGGGGGAGCUAAUAUGGUCUAAAACAGUACUUGGCAUUCACCAUCAAUAAAAAUAAUUAUAUCUAA